AUGGCGGUCGCUGUGAGAACUUUUCAGGAGCAGCUAGAGAAGGCCAAAGAGAGCCUAAAAAAUGUGGAUGAGAAUAUUCGCAAGCUCACUGGGCGAGAUCCCAAUGACGUGAGGCCCAUCCAAGCCAGAUUGCUGGCCCUUUCUGGUCCUGGUGGAGGUAGAGGACGUGGUAGUUUAUUGCUGAGGCGUGGAUUCUCAGAUAGUGGAGGAGGACCCCCAGCCAAACAGAGAGACCUUGAAGGGGCAGUCAAUAGGCUGGGUGGAGAAUGUCGGACAAGAAGAGAAUCUUGCCAAGAGAGUGACCCAGAGGAUGAUGAUGUGAAAAAGCCAGCACUGCAGUCUUCAGUUGUAGCUACCUCCAAAGAGCGUACACGUAGAGACCUUAUCCAGGAUCAAAAUAUGGAUGAAAAAGGAAAGCAAAGGAACCGGCGAAUAUUUGGCUUGUUGAUGGGUACUCUUCAAAAAUUUAAACAAGAAUCUACUGUUGCUACUGAAAGGCAAAAGAGGCGCCAAGAAAUUGAACAAAAACUUGAAGUUCAGGCAGAAGAAGAGAGAAAACAGGUUGAAAAUGAAAGGAGAGAGCUAUUUGAAGAGAGGCGUGCCAAACAGACAGAGCUGCGGCUCUUGGAGCAGAAGGUUGAGCUUGCACAACUGCAGGAAGAGUGGAAUGAGCAUAAUACCAAGAUCAUUAAAUAUAUAAGAACUAAGACCAAGCCCCAUUUGUUCUAUAUUCCUGGAAGAAUGUGUCCAGCUACCCAAAAACUAAUAGAAGAGUCACAGAGAAAAAUGAAUGCUUUAUUUGAAGGUAGACGCCUCGAAUUUGCAGAACAAAUAAAUAAAAUGGAGGCUAGGCCUAGAAGACAAUCAAUGAAGGAGAAAGAGCAUCAGGUGGUGCGUAAUGAAGAACAGAAGGCGGAACAAGAAGAGGGUAAGGUGGUUCAGCGAGAGGAAGAGUUGGAGGAGACAGGUAAUCAGCACAAUGAUGUAGAAAUAGAGGAAGCAGGAGAGGAAGAGGAAAAGGAAGUCGGUGUAGUUCAUAGUGAUGCAGAGAAAGAACAGGAAGAGGAGGAACAGAAACAAGAAAUGGAGGUUAAGAUGGAGGAGGAAACUGAGGUAAGAGAGAGUGAGAAGCAGCAGGAUAGUCAGGCUGAAGAAGUGAUGGAUGUGCUAGAGAUGGUAGAGAAUGUCAAAAAUGUAACUGCUGAGCAGGAGGUAAUGGAAACUAAUCAAGCUGAAAGUAUGGAGCCUUCAGAAAAUGAAACUAGCAAGGAAUUGGAGCCAGAGAUGGAAUUUGAAGUUGAGCCAGAUAAAGAAUGUAAAUCUCUUUCUCCUGGAAAAGAGAAUGUUAGUGCUGUAGAAAUGGAAAAGGAGUCUGAGGAAAAAGAAGAAAAAGAACCUGAGCCUCAACUUGAGCCUGUGGCUCAGCCUCAGCCCCUGCCUCAGUCCCAGCCCCAGCCCCAGCCCCAGCCCCCGCCCCAGCUGCAACCCCCGCCAGUACCCCAGCCCCAGCCCAUCCCUCAACCUGAGACUGUGCCAUCAGCUGUUGUACAGCCAGCACCUCAGGUCAUUCAGGAUCAAGGAAACUUAGUACCUGAGCGCAGAGAGUUUCCUGUAGCAUCUGUGAAACUCACUGAGGUGCCAGUAGAGCCAGUCUUAACCAUACUUUCAGAAAGUAAAAGCAAAACAAAAACUCGGAGCAGAAGCAGAGGUCGUGCUAGAAAUAAAACAAGCAAGAGUAGAAGUCGAAGCAGUAGCAGUAGUAGUUCUAGUAGUAGUUCAACUAGCAGUAGCAGUGGGAGCAGUUCCAGCAGUGGCAGCAGCAGUAGUCGUAGCAGUUCCAGCAGCAGCUCCAGCACGACUGGGAGCAGCAGCAGAGAUAGUAGCAGCAGCACUACUAGUAGUAGUGACAGUAGAAGUCGGAGCAGAGGCCGGGGACAUAAUAGAGAUAGGAAGCACAGAAGGAGCGUGGAUCGGAAGCGGAGGGAUACUUCAGGACUAGAAAGAAGUCACAAAUCUUCCAAAGGUGGGAGUAGUAGGGAUGCAAAAGGAUCGAAGGAUAAGAAUUCCCGCUCUGACAGAAAGAGGUCUAUAUCAGAGAGUAGUCGAUCAGGCAAAAGAUCUUCAAGAAGUGAAAGAGACCGAAAAUCAGACAGGAAAGACAAAAGGCGUUAAUGGAAGAAUCCAGGCUUUCUUAGCCUAUUCGCAGCAGAAGAUUUGAUGAGUAAAAGGAUUACCUUUCCUUGUAAGGAGGAUGCUGCCUUAAGAAAUGCAUGUUGUAAAAAAUCUUUUUGGAAAAUACAGACUGUUUGUUUACCAGACAUUCUUGUACUUUUUGCAUAAUUUUGUAAGAGUUAUUUAUCAAAAUUAUGUGAGGUUCCAAAAUAUGUAUA